AUCUCGUGGUUGAGGCUUUGUUUGCCUUUACUGAUUUUCAAAUAUUUCUUUUUCUUUCAACACAGAACGUCUUGUCAACCACCCAAUACCACGCAGUCGCUUGCCGGUUCCGGCUUAAGCUUAAUUACUUUCUCUCUUUCGAUCAACUCAACUCUUUAUUCCAUCUUUCCUUUUUCUUGUUGGGUUUUGGGGUUACCCUUUUUCUGAUCUUCUCUUGAUACCUGCAAAUGUUGGUGCAAUUUCAUUUCAAGCAUAAAACUGCUGAAGAUUUCAAUAUUUUUCUCCAUUGAUCGGAAGUUUCAUGUCUACUCGAUUUGACAUGGAAAUGGAAAACCUUUUUCAAGUAAAUAAUGUUCAGUAGGUGUCUACACAUCUUGUUUUAGGGUUUCUAUUCCUUUAGUCUGCUUUCUUUAGGGUUUUUCUUUGUCUAUUGCUUUCCAGCUUUGAGAUUUUUAUUUCUUGCUUGUUUGCCUCACAGCUGAAUUUGUUGACCAAAGAAAAAGAAAACAAUGGAAGAAUAUACUCAGCUGAACGAGAAUAACAUUCCUAGGGGAAGUUUCUUGUACGCAACUCCAAUUCUUGCUCCGAAUUCUUCUCCAUAUGGGAGAGCGGGUAGCGGCUCUAACGUGAGUAAUCAACAGACCGAGAUGCCAUUAAUUUCAUUUCAGCUUCAAUCGAGCGAAUGUUAUCAAUCUGAGGGACAUCCAAUUGUGAAAACUGAGGCUACGAACUCUCAACAUGGUAAAAAAUUUCACUACCCUUUGCUGAGUGGGCACCAAGCAGUUCAUCAACAACAAGAGGGGAGCGAUACCUUCAAUGAAAUGGAAGCUAUAAAAGCCAAGAUCAUAGCUCAUCCUCAGUAUUCUAACCUCUUGGAGGCUUACAUUAAUUGCCAAAAGGUGGGAGCUCCACCUGAAGUAGUGGCCCGACUAACUGCUGCUCGACAGGAGUUUGAAGCGAGGCAGCUACCUUCAGUGACAUCAAGAGAGACCUCCAAAGACCCCGAGUUGGAUCAGUUUAUGGAAGCUUACUGUGACAUGUUGGUGAAGUAUCGAGAGGAACUAACCAGGCCCAUGCAAGAAGCUUUGGAUUUCAUGCGAAGGAUCGAAGCUCAGCUCAACAUUGUCAGCAACACUCCCGCGCGGAUCUUCAACUCUGAUGAGAAGCGUGAGGGUGUUGGUUCAUCUGAAGAGGAUCAGGACAAUAGUGGUGGAGAAACCGAACUAUCUGAAUUCAAUCCGCGGGUUGAAGAUCGUGAAUUGAAGAACCACUUAUUGAGGAAGUAUAGUGGUUAUUUAAGUAGUCUCAAGCAAGAACUCUCCAAGAAAAAGAAGAAAGGGAAACUGCCAAAAGAAGCUAGACAGAAAUUGCUUAGUUGGUGGGAGUUACACUACAAAUGGCCAUACCCCUCGGAAUCAGAGAAGGUGGCAUUGGCUGAAUCAACUGGUUUGGACCAGAAACAAAUUAAUAAUUGGUUCAUAAAUCAAAGGAAGCGUCACUGGAAACCUUCCGAAGACAUGCAAUUUAUGGUGAUGGAUGGUCUGCAUCCACAAAAUGCAGCAGCUUUAUACAUGGAUGGUCACUUUAUGGGUGAGGGUCCAUACCGUUUGGGGCCAUGAUAAAUAUGCAAUGCACCAUUAUAAACUACCUGCCGCAUGCCGCAGCAGGACUAUAUAUAUCUAAGUCUUUGUUUUACUUAAAACUGCAGUCAUGGCGUAUGAGAUUGUAUUAGUAUUGCAUUUUUUGUUUCUGUUCGUUUGGUAGAAAUCAGAUUCUAGGGUCUUUGAAUAAGAAACACCCGUCUUAUAAUGUUGUGCUUGUGAUGAUUAAUUGAGGAUGGAGACUCCGUUGACGUAAUGGUACCAGCUUAUCAGGUUCAGAAUAUGUGCCUGUGAUUCUCAUGUUACAAGGUGCCGUGUUGCGUUCUGGAACUUCAUUGCCGUCUCAAUGUGUAAAGCGGCUUGCGCUGCCAGAGAUGUUAUCUUAUAGUUUGAGCGUUUGAGGGGGCAGCAGCAGUACAUGUUUAAGUGUAUAUACUGAGAAAAGUUUGAAAACUUUUGAGCGGUUAAUGUAAGUACUUGAAAUGUAAUACCUGUGAUCUUUUAGUUUAAUGGAAUCAGCUACUUGUGGAGAGGUAAAGGGGUUACAAACAUUGGGAGGAUGUCAUAUUA